GUGAACUAAAACAAUAAAGCUCACUCCUCUCCUCUCGCUCCCCGACCGACCGCACCGCCUCCUCUGUGGCUUCUACAAACCCCGGGCGCAGUUGACAGACGCCGGCCAGGAGCUGCAUUGUUUUGUGUUUGUCUCCGUCACCCAUUCUAGCGCAAAGGGCUGCCACCGCUCAUCCAGCAAACCCCCGGUGUACGGUAGAGAAGAAGAAGCCUAUAGUAGCUAGUAUACCAAGUCAGAUAACAGGGGGAAAAAGCAUGUCUGCUCAGCCCGGUGAGGAGCUAGGCUCGGAGGGGAGGUGGUUUGGGGAUGACUAUGAGAGGAACGGCCUGUUUGGGAACACACCGACCCAGUUCGACGAGCUACGUGAAGAUUUUAAGCCGAAAGGCGGCGAGGUGACGGCCGACCUGGAUCAACAAUUUCAUCCUUUCCAGGACGAUGGGAAAAGGCCUCCCGUUGCUAUGGGAACUGCAUCUACAGGUAAACCGAACAAUGACCCCACGUCUUGCCUGUUCAGGAAGCCUAUGAAUGAUGAUGAUGAUGAUGAUGGUGAUAUCUACACUUCCCUGAUGUCAAAUCAGAGCUUCACGUCGGGACGAGAGGCCUCCUAUCUGUCGGAUGACCUGAAACCCUCCAAGCCCUCCUCUGGCUCCUCUGCCAUGGACCACUUCUCCAGCGACUCCUAUAGCUUUAGCUCAAACACCAAGAUGACUUCCAACCUGGCUGACGACAUGCCAAAAUCUCUGUUGGGUUCAGAUAAGACAGAAUCCUACAACUACAUGGACAUCAGCCAUGGGGAUGAGCGCCGUGACCAGCACCAGGAUGCUCUGCACAGCCUGCUGGACAAAGGCUCAACUGGUCGUGACUCAAUGGGCAGCUAUUUAGAUAAACACCCAGGAAGAGAUGAGGAUGAUGAAGAGGAAGAAGAAAACCUAGGUCCAGCACUGGGCUCCCACUCUUUCCCCUACGUGGAGGAGCCAUCUGAUGAAGAGCUGUCAGACUACCGCUCCUACCGAAACCUGGGUGGCACCCCGCAGACGGCCAGCCCAGUGAAGAUCACCUUGACCGAGUCCAAGCCACCAACUGCCAAGUCUGAGCUGCAGCAACAACCCCCUCCAGUCACUGUGUCUGAGCGUGAAAAUGUCCUCAGUGUGGGCUUACAGGGGGUUCCCACUGUGACGCUAUCGGAGCCCGAGGACGACAGCCCUGCUUCCACUCCCAAUACUUCACCAACACAAAAAGAAUUCCCUUCCCAUGACAUGUUCAAGGCUGACGCAGUGAAGCCUGCACCUUCCAAAUGCACUCCGAGCACUAAAGCCGGCAGCAGGGAGCAUGACGGCAGCAGCGCCGAGUCUGGAGACUCAGAGAUUGAGCUGGUGUCUGAGGAGCCUCCAAAGGCCAGCAGCAACCCAUUUGCCCAGCCGCCUAAAAGCAAGGGCACUUUCAGCCAGCCUAACAACCCCUUUGACAAUCCCCCAGUCGCCAAGGGUGGUUUCGGCCUGGCCGGCAACCACGCUCCACCCACAGCCUACAGCAUUCUGAGGGAGGAGAGAGAGGCAGAGCUUGACAGUGAUCUCUUCAUUGAGUCUGCGUCUGAAGAGAGCCCAAAGAGAGAGCAGGGCUUCAGUGGCCCCAAACAGGGAGUCAGCCCUCCCUCUCCCCUGGUUCCCAGUGCCGUCUCUCCCCGCAGCGUGGCUGAGGCGGUGCCAGCCGAGCCCCUGAUCACAGACAAGGUCAAGACCCCAGUGAAAACAGAGGAGGAUCGCCCCAGCAAGCCCAAGCCCCCCACUGCGGCCGUGCCCCCAGAGGUGCGAUCAGAGAGGCCCCACCAGGACGAUAUGCACACAAAUGAGGGCAAAGGAGACCUAGGAAAACCCGCCGCCUCAGCCUUCCUGGUGGGCUUCAGUAAACAAAAAGCGAUUGACUUGCUCUACUGGAGGAAUGUGAAGCAGUCGGGGGCCGUGUUCAGCAGCGUGCUUCUGCUCCUCUUCUCCCUGACCCAGUUCAGCGUGGUCAGUGUCGGAGCCUACUUAGCCCUGGCAGCCCUCUCUGCCACCAUCAGCUUCAGGAUCUACAAGUCUGUACUGCAGGCUGUGCAGAAGACCGAUGAAGGACAUCCUUUCAAAGCCUACCUGGAGAUUGAUCUCGCCCUAUCCCAGGACCAGAUUAGUAAAUAUGCUGACAAAAUCCUGCUGUACACCAACACCUGUAUGAAGGAGCUCCGCAGGUUGUUCCUCGUACAAGAUCUGGUCGACUCCUUGAAGUUUGCGGUUCUGAUGUGGCUGCUGACCUACGUGGGUGCUCUCUUCAACGGCCUGACACUGCUCAUCCUAGCUGUGGUCUCCAUGUUCACCAUGCCCGUGGUGUACGAGAAACAUCAGGCACAGAUUGAUCAAUAUGUGGGACUAAUACGGACCCAGGUCAACUCUGUGGUGGGGAAGAUCCAAGCAAAGAUCCCCGGGGCCAAGAGGAAGGAGGAGUAGACCUGUCUGUCUCACCAUGCAGCUGACAGUCCAGUCCAGCUCAGAGCCAGGCAGCUCGCUCACCGUUGAAGAGCCUGGUCGUCAUCUGUGGGGCGUAGUGCUGUGUCAUCUUGGUGUUCUCUAAAAGCAUCCACUGGAGAAGCCUUCACCCUGUCUAUAGCAGUCUAAACACUAACACACAGUCACAAAUACAUAAUCCUGUUUCUAGGUAGAUAAGUACACAACUCGAAAAACAAAAAAGGAAACUGACUUUUUUUGUGUUGCUUAUUAUAAAGUGCAUGAAGUCGAGCCUUGGGUAAAUAAUAUUUGAUAUCUUCUGUGCAGUUUUUAAAUCAUUUUUGCUUUGCAGUGCUUACCACAAACUGUAUGGUUUGGCACAAAAAAGCUAAAUGCCCACAGACGUGCUCUGCUGCCAAUGUUGAAUACUGCUUCAUGUUUCUGAGUUAGCAGACAGGGCUUCUCUCAGUCAAUGUCAAUAUAUAUAAAUAUCAAAAAUGAUCUCCUUUUGGUGUUUUCAAGCACAAAAUAAUUUAACAAUAUGCGUCUUAGAUGUGGUAAUUGUAGGGUUUUUGCUUUUGUAUAACCAUAAGCAACAAUACACAUGCUCAUGUUUUAGGUACUGUUGUACAACUACUAUGAAGACAAGGAGUAUCUGGUGAUAUUUAGCUUGUUUGAAUAACUGUCCAACUUUGUACUAUGUUCAACUAUACUCUGUAGUUCUUUAGACCCUGGACUCUUUAACUAUUUGCACUUACACUAUGUAUUUAAUUACAAGAAUAAGAAAAAUAAAUGUACCUUGAUGUAUAA